CUUAUUAAAUAGGGGAAUGAUUUUUUUAAUUUCCAUUUGGUUUUCGGUGAUAUUUAAAUUCAACUAAGUGUCUAACCUCAAACUCUGAACAUAAGGUAAUAUCAACCAAAAUGGAAAGCUAAUUCCAAGCUAAGUUUUAGCGUUGAUCUCUAUAUAGAAAUCAGUGAUAGUAUCUACCGAUAUAGAGAUCAGUGAUUAAAACUAAGUAUCGAUUACUAUCGAUAUGAUCGAGCUAUCGUUGCAGCAUUUGCCGUUAAGGGGGCCUUGUGUUCCACCCGCCAUAGUUGUCUCGCUACUUAUUUCAGAGUAUUUGGUAUCGCUAGUGAAGAUACGUACAGUCCGGUUUAUAUUUUAUAUAAGACAAAGAAGAUGCCGAGAAAACGUAAAUUAUCGAAUAUAAGGGAAAGAUGUCGCAUUUGUCUAGUUGACAAUGGCUGCAUGAGCAAUCUGUUUAACGAAGUUCUGGAAUCGAAAUUGAACAAUUUGACAAAAUGCACUUCCAUCAAUAUCAAAGACGAGCCUGGUUUACCAAACAUCAUAUGCCAUGUGUGUUUUUACAAGCUGGAUAUAUGGAACGAAUUUAAAGAACAAUUCAUACGGUCGAACCAAAUGUUAUUAAGUCAAUUGGAACUUGCGGAAAUUUCUGAUAACGCGCAUUCACAACUUAAAAGAGCUUACACUGAUUUGCAACAAAGUGCAGAGGACAGCCUUUCCGACACUUCUGAUAAGUUUUUUCAGAAGAAAGCAAAAUCCGAGGUGCCACCAUUAAUACCUUUGGAGUUUGCAAGCGUAGAUUGCGUAACGGACCAAGCAAUGCUGAAGGAAAUGUAUGUUUCCGAAGAUGAUGUUACAUCCUCUAAGGAUUCUUCCCAGAGAGCUCAGGAUGCCUCCAAUGAUGAUAAAUGUAAAAAUGAUGGAGACCAUGAAACUAAAGAUAACGUACAGCCGAAACCAUCAUUGGUCCCUAUGAAGGUAAAACUGUUAACAGGUAGACGUAGUAGAACAACUGAACAGAGGAAAGCAUCUACCAAAAGGUGGGUUGCAAGAAAGAAAGCCCUUCUAGCAGCAACAGGAGAAAGCGUAUCGGAUACAGACUCCAUGGCAUCUGAUGAUACUGAAUUGUCACCGGUGCAGAAAGCACGAGCAAAGACUAACAUGGAUAUAGAAGUCGAAAAACAGAAGAGAGUAGCCAGAGCAUUAAAGCAGUUGGAGACUAAUUUGACCGACAAAUAUUGUAUCAAACGUAAUAAAAGUGAUUUCAUAUGCGUGGAUACCGAUUCCGAUACACGAAGAACGAGAUCACUGAAAGACAUUAACUCCGAUAUUUCGUUGACGGACAAAAACACGUCUGUAAAAGACUCCACCGAGCAAGACGAAAUGAGGAAGGAUAAGUGUCCUCAAAAUGAUUCAAAAGCAAAAGAAAACACUUCUGUAUCACUGCCAGAAAAAGCUAGCACAGAAAAAUUGCCAAAAAAGAGCGAAACCAAUAUUGCCGAAGAUAUAUUCACUCCGUGUUCCGUGAAAUCGGAAUUAGAAAUCGGAGACGCUACGUAUAUCGUCACAUCUACGUUAAUGCUCGCGGAACCACAUUAUCUAAAUAAAGCAAAUUUACAUAGUUUAUCGAAAGAGUACAGGAACGAUAAUAUCGAACAAAAUUCGCAAGACAAAAAUACCGAUAUCAUCGAUGCCGUACAACUUCGUAGAAUAAAUCCGAUUCCAGCAGAUUCUAACGAGAAGAAAUAUAUCGAGAGAUGUUUGAACAUAGAGGUAGAAGGGACAGAGAUAGACGCUUUGAAACGCGUGCAGGUUGAGCUCGCUGGAUUUGUGGAGAAAGAAAUGAAGCAAAGAUUAUUUGGGAUAGCAAACGAUGAUGCAAAGAAAGAUAAGACGGAAAAUGGUUGCAAGAAUUCGUACCAAACUUUGGACCAACAAUUGAAGAAUAUAAUAGAGAAAACAAUAAAGAAAAAUUUCGAGUCUUCCAUGAUGAGAAGCUGCGGUUCAGGGUUUAACUCGUACAUUCAAAAAUCGGGAACGGUUUCGCCUACGUUUGUAAAAGAGGCGGUGGAUUCGAAAAAAUAUCAACCGAAAGUUGUUUUGAAACGUUUAGAUAUAACCAAAGAGAGCAAACAGCGAAAUAUUAAUAAUAUGCACGUUGUAGCUAAGCGUACCGUUAAAAACAAACUUGGCGGACCGUUUAGCAUGGUUUCCCAUAAACGACAGAGCGUACCACCGAUAAGAUACAACGAUUACAAUACUUCUGCUUUGGAUUCCGAUUCUGACUUGUCGGACGAAAUGGAGAUGUCCGAAACAUCGAAAACGGAAAGUAAUCGCAAUACAGUUACGGAAGAAGAUAAGACCGUGUUGAAGCAAGUAGAAGUAUUCAAAGAUACUGUAAUAAUUUCUAAGGUGAACGAAGAGAAAACGGAGAAUCAGGAAAAUGUUUUUAACUCACCUCUCGAUGAGAAGCACGUGUGCGGUGUAUGCGAGCAGACAUUCAGUAGUCGUAGCGAGGUUGUUGCACACGUUCGAAUGCACAAAAUAGAGUCAUCCACCGUACCUCGGCACAACAAACAUAAAAUGAUGCGAUGUAAAAGAUGCCACGAAAUAGUCGAGGCUAGAUUCGUAAAAGCUCACGUAUGUAAAUCCACGAAACAGCAGACUCACAAGUGCUACGUGUGCAACUCCACGUUCAGAACGGAGAAGCUUCUUGUCCGCCAUUUGGAGAGUCACGAUCAAUCGGAAUUUAACAUAGAGAAUAUAACGAAAGCGGAAUCACAAAAGUCAACCAACGCGAACAUGUUAGAAAAUUCCAAGGAGACGAUGUACUUAAAAUCCGAGGCUUCUCAACUCUUAAAAGUGGACAACUCCAUGCCUACGAAAUCAGAUGAUCCUAGAAUCGAAAUGAGCAACGUUCAAACGGAAAACGUAGGCAUGAGCAAAGGGGUGAAAGAAAAUGCGCAGACAAUGGAGAGGCCAAAAGAGACAUACACUUGUUUUGUAUGUGACAAGAUAUUCACGGAUGAAGAGAUAUUGAAAGAUCAUUUGCAAAAGCAUUGCGACGAUAUCAGCGAGGAUGAUCAAAGCACUGGUAAAGAACAGUAUCAGUGUGCAAUUUGUGGCGACUCGUUAGAUUCAGAGGAUGCACUCGAGGCUCACGUUGAAAAGCAUUUGUUCGACGAGGAAGAUGACAAUCCUAAUCUUAUUAAUAUUGGUAAUGAUAAUGACAAAUCUGACGAGGAUCCGUAUCACUGUUUACAGUGCGCGGAAUCGUUUAAUUCCGAAAUGUUAUUAGAGAUGCACAUGCAAGCUCACGAGGAAGAAGCCGCGAUAGCAGAAUGGGAGAAACAGGGAAUAAAAGCUUACGAGUAUCAAUGUUCGAUCUGCGACGACCUUUUCGAAACGGAAGCGGAAUUGUCCGACCAUUUGGACAUACAUAACGGUAACGCCCAUGUUUGCCAGCUAUGCGAAAAGCCAUUUUUAUGCCUGGAAGAUUUACAACAGCAUGUUGCAACCCACUGAUUGCCUUCUCGUUCUUAAAUGAGAAGCUUUAUGUAUAUUAGCAUAGUAAGGAAGGUACCCCUGUAUAUAAUAUUUCAUAAACUUGUAACAAUUUAUCUGUUGAAGAAAAAUUUAAUACAAGACGAUAUUUGUUUCGUUAUAAUACCGUCUCAUUUCGUUCGAAAG